GAUUUUGGUAGGUUAGCAUGAACAGAAGUUAACAAGAUUGAGUACACUAGGCCAUCAAAUUUUGAUCAUAUCUCCAAUUGAGUAUAUGAUUUGGCAGGAACCAAACAUGCCCAACUCUGUGUUCUACUAAUAUCUAAUACUUAUUGUUUGCGUUCUAUGCUUCACUGAUUUUCACGCAUCUCACAGUGAUAUCCAGCCUAGCCUGCGGGCGUGUCGUCGCAAUGCCUCUAAGGAAACCCAGCAAGUAUGGGAACAAGUUCCGGUCGAAUGCUGCAUCCUUCAAACCGAAACGGACAAGGACCAUCGAAUUUUCUUCUCUUCGAUCGACAGAAGCUACAUCGCAAGAUGAGAAAUUUGAAGCAAUCCGGUUGGCGAACAGCAUCGAUGAGUCCCUGGGAUUCCCGCGCUUUGAAUCAGGCGAGAAGAGGGUCGGCUGGCUUAUAAAUAUGCACAGUACUUCGGUAGAGGAUCCGAAUGUGCCCGGAGGACGCGCCGGUGUGGACUACUACUUUCUCGACGAUAACGGUUCGAGUUUUAAGGCAACUGUGGAAUACGAUCCAUAUUUCCUCCUCGCAGUGAAGAAAGGACACGAGGUCGAAGUUGAGGAAUGGUGUCGGAGAAUGUUUGAAGGGCUUAUCAAGAAAGUCACAAGGGUUGAGAGGGAAGAUCUCAAAUUACCGAACCACCUGCUUGGGCACCGGAGAACAUUCCUACAGAUGAACUUUGCGAAUGUGAGCCAUCUACUAGAAGUUCGGAAAGUGCUUCUUCCGUUGGCAGAAAAGAACAAGAAAAAUGUGAAUGUCAUGGAUACUUAUGUGGAGAUUUCAAGCGCAAAUGCUGGCUUUGAUCUCUUUGAUGACGAAAUAAUUAACGAGUCACGAUCUAAUAAAACAAUGGAAGCGAGUGAUUUUAUUAUUGAUAUUCGAGAAUAUGAUGUCCCUUACCAUGUUAGAGUGGCGAUUGACAAAGACAUCCGUAUAGGGAAAUGGUACACUGUACAGGCAAAACACGGUGUAGUAUCAUUGACUUGCAUAGAGGAACGAGUCCAACGUCCUGACCCAGUUGUUCUUGCUUUUGAUAUUGAAACGACAAAACUACCGCUGAAAUUCCCCGACUCUGUCAUCGACCAAAUAAUGAUGAUAUCGUACAUGAUUGAUGGGCAAGGGUUCUUAAUUACGAACAGAGAAAUAGUAUCCGAAGAUAUCAAUGAUUUCGAGUACACGCCCAAGCCCGAGUACAAUGGUCCGUUCAUGAUCUUCAACGAGCCGGAUGAAAGAAGUGUCCUAGAACGGUUCUUUGGACACAUUAAAGAAGCUAAGCCGACUGUUAUCGCGACAUAUAACGGUGACUUUUUCGAUUGGCCGUUCGUUGAAGCGAGGGCAAGCGUCCUUGGCAUCGACAUGUACACGGAGAUUGGCUUUCGCAAAAACAGUGAGGAUAUCUAUCAGAGCGAUCACUGUGUACAUAUGGACUGUUUUGCUUGGGUCAACCGUGACAGUUACCUUCCCCAGGGAAGUCGUGGUUUAAAAGCUGUCACUGUCGCGAAGCUCGGAUACGAUCCUGAUGAACUUGACCCCGAACUCAUGACCCCGUACGCAAGUGAAAGACCUCAAACCUUGGCUGAAUACUCUGUGUCCGAUGCUGUCGCCACAUAUUAUUUAUAUAUGAAAUAUGUCCAUCCUUUCAUCUUCUCGCUUUGUACCAUUGUUCCUCUUAACCCCGAUGAUACGCUGCGGAAAGGAACAGGUACUCUUUGCGAGAUGCUGCUGAUGGUUCAAGCAUAUCAAGGCGAGAUCAUCCUACCCAACAAGCACAAAGACCCCCCGGAGGCUUUCUAUGAAGGCCAUCUACUGGAGUCGGAGACUUAUGUGGGUGGACACGUGGAGAGUAUUGAGGCCGGUGUAUUUCGGAGUGAUAUCCCCGUUACUUUCAAGAUUGAUCCUACUGCAAUCGAUGAACUACUUCGGGACCUAGAUGCGGCUCUGAAAUUCAGUAUUGAAGUGGAAGAGAAAAAGUCAUUGGAUGAUGUUGUUAACUAUGAGGAAGUCAAAGGACAAAUUUCUAAGCUCUUGAUUGCCUUGAAAGAAAACCCCAACAGGGACGAGAACCCGUUCAUCUACCAUUUGGACGUCGCCUCCAUGUACCCAAACAUCAUCACCACAAACCGAUUGCAGCCAGAUUCCAUGAUUGAUGAGUCUAACUGCGCUGCUUGCGACUUUAACCGACCUGGUAAAACCUGUGACAGGCGAAUGCCGUGGGCAUGGAGAGGCGAAUUUCUUCCUGCUAAGCGUGACGAAUAUAACAUGGUUCGGCAAGCGGUUGCGAACGAAAGAUUCCCAGGAAAGACGAAAAAUGGUCCAAUGAGGUUAUUCAGUGAAAUGAGUGCCGAAGACCAGGCUGCUAUAGUCAAGAAGAGACUCCAGGACUACAGUAAGAAAAUCUACCACAAAAUCCACGACAGCAAGACAAUGGUGCGAGAGGCUAUCAUCUGUCAACGAGAAAAUCCCUUCUACGUGAACACAGUUCGCAGCUUUCGAGAUCGACGAUAUGAUUUCAAAGGCAAACAAAAGGUUUGGAAAAACAAGACUGAUUCUCUCAAAUCCGCAGGUGCUUCGGCGGCGGAGAUUGAAGAAGCCAAGAAAAUGAUUAUUCUGUUUGACUCCCUACAACUUGCACAUAAAGUCAUUUUGAACAGUUUCUAUGGUUACGUCAUGAGAAAGGGAUCGCGAUGGUAUUCCCUGGAGAUGGCCGGCGUGACAUGCCUGACAGGCGCUCGAAUCAUUCAGAUGGCAAGAGAGUUGGUUGAACGUAUCGGUCGCCCCCUAGAGCUUGACACAGAUGGUAUUUGGUGUAUGCUUCCUGGAACUUUCCCCGAGAACUUUUCUUUUACCCUAAAGAAUGGGAAGAAGCUUGGAAUUUCUUAUCCGUGUGUUAUGCUGAAUCACCUUGUUCAUGGAAGUUAUACAAACCACCAGUAUCAAACUCUUGUCGAUCCAAAGACAUUCAGAUACGAGACGCAUAGCGACAACUCCAUUUUCUUCGAAGUUGAUGGGCCGUAUAAAGCUAUGAUCUUGCCGACUUCGAAGGAAGAGGACAAAAACUUGAAGAAGCGCUAUGCUGUUUUCAAUCACGACGGGUCUCUGGCUGAAUUGAAAGGAUUCGAAGUCAAGCGGAGAGGUGAACUGAAGUUGAUCAAGAUUUUCCAAACCCAAAUCUUCAAAUUUUUCUUGGAAGGGUCGUCGCUUGAGGAGACAUAUGCUGCUGUGGCCCGCGUGGCUGACAGAUGGCUGGACGUGCUCUAUGAACAUGGAACUACACUGGCCGACGAGGAAUUGAUCGAACUCAUUUCCGAAAAUAGAAGUAUGACGAAGACUCUGGAAGAAUAUGGCAACCAAAAAUCUACAUCGAUUACUACGGCGCGCCGUCUAGCAGAAUUUUUGGGAGAACAAAUGGUCAAAGAUAAGGGUCUCAACUGCAAGUACAUUAUAUCUGCAAGGCCGAGAAAUACGCCUGUCACGGAGCGGGCUAUUCCAGUUGCGAUUUUCUCAGCUGAAGAUAACGUGAAACGUUUUUUCUUGCGGAAGUGGCUGAAAGAUGACCCUGGUGAUUGUGACCCUCGAACCGUGAUCGAUUGGGACUACUACCUAGAACGAUUGGGUUCAGUCGUACAGAAACUGAUCACAAUCCCUGCUGCCCUCCAGAAGGUCCGCAAUCCAGUGCCUCGAGUCGCCCAUCCAGACUGGCUGCAACGACGAAUCAACAUAAAAGAUGACAAGUUUAAGCAAAUCAAAAUGACCGACGUGUUCGCGAAGAGCGAGAAAAACCCGCUUACUGAUAUCUCGACAAACAUCCUCGAUCAUCGUGUACAGCAUGUGGGCGAUAUGGGCGAGGUAAUCGCAAGCUCAGUCGAGAAGUUGAAGUCUUCGCCAAAUAGUAAAACGUCGCAGAAAAGAAAGCUUCCCGAAGGUCCUACGAAAACCUCCCUUGACCCUUUUGCUAGCCUUCCAUCAAAAAUGCCGUCAAUGGCGGAUGAUUAUGUUGGAUUUUUGAAAUAUCAAAAGCAAAAAUGGAAAAUCCAGAAGCAAGCACGAAUUCGCCGCCGCCAGCUCUUCGGAGAGAGGACAAAUGUUGCUAAUGACUCUUUGAGUCACCUCUUCAGAAACCAAGCUGAACUUCUCUAUAUCAGUACCUGGCAAGUUUUGCAGCUGUCUGAAACGAUGAGACCAGGUAUCGUCCGAGCUUUUGUCUUGAUUGAUAAAAAGAUUCAUACUCUCACGGUCAAGGUCCCUCGCCAGAUUUACGUCAAUCUGAAACGAGACUCGCUCCCUGACGUUGAUGUCCCGGACUGUGAGGUCGAGAAAGUCAAUCACACUUUGCCGAAUGGACAUCCUUCUGUGCACUUGUUCAAAUUAACCUUGUCUGAGGAAACCUAUUUGCGCGAAUCCAAUAAAAUGGAUGCACUUCUACAACAUCCUAGCAUCGAGGGUGUCUAUGAGAAGAGCAUUCCUUUGAAUGUACGCGCUAUCAUGAAACUUGGUAGUAUAUGUACAUUUGACGAGGAACAGCGAGGCGUUUUAGGAGAAGGACUGGACCGUGGAUUUGAUCUGUCGAAUCUAUGCCACACAACUUCGGAGCAGCCUUAUCUCAGGAACUCGCCGCUAGUCUAUCAUUAUCUAUACCAUGUCGUUUCUGGUGACCGGCAGAUUUUCGCACUUUUCUCGACAAUGAAGAAUGAAGCGCAUAUUGUUAUCUUGAACCGCACGAGGGAUGUUCAGGGACUUCCAAAUGUUGACAAAAUCUACACAGAACUUCUCAUGCGGAGAAAGCAAAACUUGGCCGGGGACGAGUCUCAGAAUGCAUUCGAGUACCAAGAAAAAAUCCACUUCAAAACAACACAAGUCACGACUAGAAGAAAAGCCUAUCUGGAGGUCGGCGAUUUGAUCAAGAAAUUCCGAACCGAAGAAACCCAGCCAACUGUUCUAGUCAUUCAAUCGCAACAAAGAAAUCGCUUGUGUCAUGAUAUUCCAAUUCUGAGGGAGUAUCCGAUUGUGCCCGUGAAGCCAGAAGUAUCCGAUAUGGACCUUCCCCCCUUAGGCUGGCAGUCCUUUAUUGCAAGACGGCUUGUCACACACUACCUAUAUCUCUCAGCUUGGAUUCAGCAUCUGACUCUGUUAGCAAGAUACGGCGACGUCCCCCUCUGCAACUUAGAGAGUGACGACCCGCGAUAUCUUAUUGACAUAUCCUAUGCCAGGCGGCUUCAGCAGCAUAAUGUCGUUCUUUGGUGGUCUUCGGGCCCUAGGCCUGAUCACGCAGGGUACGAAAAGGACGACAUCACAGGCCCUCUAGAGAAUGUGUCCAUGCCAUCUGUUAAUGUUCCGAGCACUUACACUACCGUGUGCAUCGAGCUCGAAGUUCGUAAUCUUGCAAUCAACACGAUUCUAUCAUCGUCUAUCAUCAACGAGAUGGAAGGUGCUGAUACACUUCUAGCAUCAUCCGAGCCUUCGGCUGAAUCCAACGGGACAGGCGUGCUUUACUCGGAGAAGGCAUUCGCUUCAGCUGGUGCGAUUGUACUACGUGAGAUGGUGAAGCACUGGUGGACCGAGGCCUGCGAAGGAAACAAUAUGGCAGAUAUCAUGGUGCAGCACCUGAUUCGCUGGGUAGAGAGUCCGGUCUCGUGCCUGUACGAUCGGUCUCUACACAACUAUGUGCGCAUGUUGUCCAGGAAGUCAUUUCAGCGACUCAUGGCUGAGUUUAGACGCGUUGGGUCCAAUGUUGUCUUCGCUAGCCCUACACGCCUUUUGCUUCAGACAACCAAGACUGAGGUAGGAAACGCCUACGCAUACAGCCAAUACGUAUUGAAAUCGAUCCGUGCAAAUCCGUCUUUCCAUUUCAUCGAUCUCGAGAUCAAGGAAUACUGGGACUACCUGGUUUGGUAUGAUGAGUACAAUUACGGCGGAAAAGGUUGCCGAGAAGUGGUCGCGUCGGAUGAACAGGGGCUGGAAACAGUUAUGCACUGGCAGCUCAGCCGUUUCCUCCCGACCCCAAUGCAGACCAUCUUCCAUGAUUGGGUCGUUGAGUAUAUUGAAUUAAUGCACGGCAUCAAACACCCUGAAUCAAACGAUCCGUCUACUCCUCGCAUGACACAGAUCCCUCUCACGCGCCCGAACGAUGAGGACGAUGAAGAAGUAUCUGCUGUUCUUGCGGAGAAAUUCUCAAAGCCCCUGAAGAAGCAGAUAUCCGGGCUUAUUCGCCGUCAACGCGAAGAAAUGCUGCACCCCGAGCUUGCAUCUGACUAUCUCUUUCCUGUGCUCCCGGGGGUUUUAUCCGACCCUAAUGAAGAAAAGCGUAACCCUGUGUUAGAGCUAGUCAAGAUGCUGAUGCAGGUGCUGAGCCUGUCCAAGACGACGACUUUGGAAAAUCGACUUCUGCGCCGCGAACUCCUGGCGAUGUUCGAGGUGCGAGAGUUCAGCAAAGAAGGCCGGUUUGAGAACCCGGCUGCCAGCUUGAAACUUCCCGAACUUACGUGCAGCGCCUGCUGCUUGAUUCGGGAUUUGGACUUGUGCCGUGAUGAAGAUGUCCUCCCGGAUCCUGGAUCUGACGCGAGCAAGGCCGCCACAUUGCCCUGGCGUUGCCCCUUCUGCCAAACUGAAUAUGACCGAUUAGCCCAGGAAGAGAUCCUUAUCGGUCAGGUCCAGGCACUUAUCGUCGGAUGGCAAACCCAGGAUCUCAAAUGCUCCAAAUGUGGUGGCCUCAAGGUCAGCGACUUCAUGGAACAUUGCUCAUGCAGCGGCAAGUGGGUAGAAACUAUGGACCGUGCCGAAGCGGAAAAGAAGUUGCGAGUCCUCAACAGUGUAGCCAAAUUCCACGGUCUGAAGCUUUUGGAGGGUGUGGUGGAAGGAGUUCUUGAGCAGAUGUGAUAGGUCCUAUUUCUAAUUCUCUCUAUAUUCCUUUUUUAUGGUUAUUAUUAUUUUUUUCUCCUUCUCUAUGCUAUGUGUUAGUCUGGCGGGUUCCAAUAUAUGUACACAGGAGCAAGAAGGUCUGCAUUUGAAGAAUACACGGCGUUUGAGAAUGGCGAGAAAGGAGAUUUCUUCUGGGAGGGGGAGUAUUU